GUGGUGUAUGGAAUCCUGAGACCGAGGGAUACGGAUGUGGUUAUCAACUUUCUUUCAAAAAGUACCUUUAUAAAUCUCAAAAGCAGCUUUACCGGACAUAACACAUACGCGGAGAACUUAUGAUACAUUUUCAUCACUUUCCUUCACCAGAAGAGCGACAAAGAAUGAGUAGCUAAAUGUUCAACACAGCAAGAUAGUGUAAAACAAUCAAGUCGAACAGUCCGUGAGUUUUAAACCACAGCGAAAGGGUUGACGUUGACUACUAAUCGCUUUUUUAGUCAAUGUUGUCAACAUUUUUAGUCAGGACGUGUGGAAUAUAAAGGCAAGUAGGAUUUAGGUGUCCUGACAUCGAAACGUGGUAGGCAUAACUGGACUGCUGUUUUCAAUCUGAGAACUAGAUGAACUAUCAAAUUACUGCAUUAAACAAAUUCAGUGACUUGGAAUACGCUUCCGCAGUUUUGGAUACGCGCAUUACAGGCUAUCCGAUAUGAUUAUUGAUUCUUUAAUAUAAAUAUUAGCUUAUUGAAGGUUCGUUUUUGACUGUGCAGCCGAUGAAAAGCACGCGUAGUUGAACGAAAGCCCGUGUAUCCAACUGAACAACAAAGACCCACGGAUGGUGAUCUUCAUUCAUUGCGUCUAUUGGCUACAUUGUUGCAUCGCGGCUUGGUGAGAUUUUCAGUGUGGUUUGUCCGGGGUCAUGGAGAUCUACACCCGCUGUCUGGUUGCAGAUUUCAGGACCGUUAGGAAAACACGUUUAUCAAUCAAAGCAAAUUAGUGUUGUGUCUCAGGCAUUGCAGUUCAUACUAGCAUCAAAUCUUUCCGCCUUUGCCUACUGUGCGCCGAGGAAUUCAACAUCAACUAGUUGAUUUUUAUUGCUAUUCUUCUGUGCACAAUUGCGCAGUUGUUGAAUAUUGAUUAACCAGUUGACUUGGCUUUAUGUUUGGAACAUACAUGGUGGAGUAUAUAACUGAAUCUACUAGAUCCGGAUACCUGUUAACUUUAUUCUAAGGAUUGGAGCGUGGAGCCCCUUUAUAAAGAGAACUGGCUACACAUGUGUUUGCCGUGCCUUGCAGUUGUCACAAAACAGCACAUUUUGUAAAAUAAAUAUAAUCUGGAAAACAAUUCACAUUCAGACUCUCGAAGAACUUGAUGUAGGCCUUACACAGGUCUGAAGCUAUAUUUGAAGACACCUGUAUUCACGAUCGCUUACUGGAUUUACUGGGAUAUCUACGAUGUCAAUUUCACCAUCUUGCAGAGGAACUGUGCUGUUCUAUGUGUUGCUCAUUUCAAAUGCAUUUGCAGGGAAAGUAUUGCCGACCAGUUCAGAUGUUCUCUUCAGCUCUUCGGCAGUCACUACCACGUCCGCCCCUCCAGAUGUCUACCUCCCCGCCAACUUUAAGCUCUCCAACGCUCAACUGGCCUUCUUCCUGCAAGAGACCCGGUCCUCAGGCCAAAGCAAUGGUCGCCCCAUUAACGGACACCCUCUCCAGCGUUCUGAGAGCUUUGUGGUUUUUCAGACCAAGGAGCUUCCUGCCGUCAACAUCACCUUUGGCCCGUUCGCCCAGGACCAAAGCCUGUCCAAGGACCUCCUUCAGCCCUCUAGCCCACUGGACAUCCCUGGGUGGCUGACGGUCAACUGGAAGAUACGGGCCUUCAUCGUCCAGUCAAGGGUGUUCUCCAGCAGCCCUGUGGUUCAUGUGCUCUUCUACAUAGCCGGUCGUGACUGGGAUGACUUCAAGGUCCAGGACAAGCUGCCCUGUGUUAGGCUCCAUGCCUUCCGUGAUGUUCGUGAGAUCAAGACGUCGUGCCGCCUUCGUGGGAACCUGGCCCAGUGCUUGGCCCAGCUGGUGUUGCCCCCCGCCUGGUUCAAUGCCAAUGUGGCCCCCUUGGGCCGGAGGAAAGGCUCGAGUGAUGGCAUGGGCAUGGAGCUGAGCGGGGAGACCCUGCAGGCUGAGCUGUACUACACCCUCCAUGACCCGGACAGCGGAGGGGAGUGUGGCGAGAGCUCAGGCCGCAGAGGAGGAUCACGGGGGGAGACGCCCUCGCAGCACCCCCUCCUCCGCAUCGGUAGCAUCAGCUUGUACCAGUCCAGCCAGGAGCAGCUGGUGGUGGAUAAGCAGCUGGAUAAAAACAUGUUCUUGAGAUUGCCAGAGAAGCCACUGAAGCCAGGCGAGACCCUCAACAUCUUCCUCUACCUGGUACCAAACUCCACAGUGGAGCAAUUCACCCUCAAGGUCAAGGCGAAGAAAGGGGUGAAUCUGCUGCGAACCGUGUCAAAGAAUGCCCAGUGGACUGUGGAUUGGGAAGUACAGUCUGGAGCAAAGCAUUCCAUCACCACUAUUGAUGUGAACAAGAACAAAGAAGUGCAAGCUGGGGAUGCACUGGUCAAUAUUGAAGUGAUGCAACUGGACUUUGAGAUGGAGAACUUCACCAGCCAAUCUGUCACCAGAAGGAUCAACUGGAACAUUGACUAUCAGGGCCAGAACCCUCCUCCGGACUCAGAGAAGGUGGUCACUGAAUUGACCGUAGUGCAGAAAGACAUUCAGGCAAUCAUUCCUCUCUCCAUGGACACUGAAAUCAUUAACACUGCGAUUCUGACCGGCCGCACUGUGGCCAUUCCUGUCAAAGUUGUCUCAGUGGAAAUGAGUGGAAUCGUCACCGAUGUCUCGUCCUUCGUAGAGUGCAAGUCCUCUAACGAAGACAUUGUCAAGGUGUCCAAGAAUUGUGACUAUGUGUUUGUUAAUGGGAAGGAGACGCGGGGCUCAAUGAACGUCCGUGUCAUCUUCAGCUAUGAGCAUCUCAGUGCCCCCCUGGAGCUGACAGUCUGGGUACCCAAACUGCCCCUCCAAGUGGAACUGUCUGACAGCAACCUGAGCUUUAUUAAAGGCUGGAGGGUACCCAUUCUUCCUGACCGCAGGAGUGCCAGAGACAGCGACGCGGACGACGAUGAGGAUGACCGUCGGAUGAGCCGGGGCUGCACCCUGCAGUACCAGCGUGCCUUGGUCAAGGUGCUGACCCAGUUCCACACCACCUCCACCGAGGGCACCGACCAGGUCAUCACCAUGUUGGGGCCUGACUGGCAAGUGGAUGUGACCGACCUAGUGCAGGACUCGCUGAAGGUGGUCGACCCCAGGAUAGCUGAGCUGGUGGAUCGCACUGUGCUGGUUGGCUUGGAGCUGGGCUCCACUGUUCUGAAGGUGGAUUCUCCACUCGCUGUAGAUGCCAUGUUGGGAGAGACACCAUUUUCUGUCACUGACGAGAAAGUCUCCAUCUUGGAACUUCGCGUCCACGCCAUAUCUGGACUUGCUCUGUUGCUACAGCCCAGCCCUGGCAACAGUCAUACUAUGGUCGCUAAGGCAACUGGCCUGCAGACACUUGCUGCACCAAAGCAGGAGGCCAGCUUAUCAAUCUGGCUACAUUACAGUGAUAGCACUGCAUCGCCUCUGACCUUUUUUGACCCAAAGGACUACAACCUCAAUGCUUCCACGCUGGACGACAAGGUGGUGUCCAUAUCCCAGGAGCCUCAGCAGCGCUGGCCUGUGGUGGUGGCUGAGGGUGAUGGCUCCGGGGAGAUGGUGCGCAUGGAGAUGACCAUCUGCGAGGCCUGUCAGAAAACCAAGCGCAAGAGCAUUAUUGCUUCGGCCCCUGUAUAUGUGAAAGUGCGAUUUGGUCCAGAGGAAGACUCAGAGGAGGAAACGGACACCGAUAUUGAUCAGAUAACUCGACAUCCAAUGGUGGGCGGAAGUUUUGAGCCUUCCAAUGAACAGCCGGCAAGCGUCCCAAUUGACUACACCAACUUCCCUACUAUUAGCAACAAAGAGAGGCCCACCGAGGGAGAAGAGGAAGAGGAGGAAGAAGACGACGACUUCAUUCAUGCGCCCCGUAGUAUGACCGACCUGGAAAUCGGCAUGUACGCCCUCCUGGGCGUUUUCUGCCUUGCCAUCUUGGUCUUCCUCAUCAACUGCAUUGUGUUUGUGCUCAAGUACCGCCACAAGAGAAUCCCCCCCGAGGGCCAGGCCAACAUGGACCAUUCCCACCACUGGGUUUUUUUAGGGAACGGACAGCCCUUGAGGGCUCAGAGUGACCUUUCACCCCAAACAGUGGAGAGCCCAAUUAACCCCCUGGAGGGGGUACAGACUUGUUGUCACGGUGACCACCACAGCAGCGGGAGCUCCCAGACCAGUGUUCAGAGCCAGGUCCAUGGGAGGGGCGAUGGCAGCUCCGGAGGCUCAACCAAGGACAAUGCAGAGGAGGCCAGCUCGCCCACCUCCAAGCGCAAGCGCGUCAAGUUCACCACCUUCACCACGCUCCCCACAGAAGACACGCCCUACAACUCCAUCCCCAUUGCAGAUGAAGAGGACAUUCAGUGGGUCUGCCAGGACAUGGGUUUCCAGGACCCAGAGGAACUGCAUGACUACAUGCGUAGGAUAAAGGAUAUAGCCUGAAGGGACGGCUGUUAAGAAGCACCCUGAAUAGAGCUUUCAAAAAAAAAAAAAAACCUGUUUCUUUCUAUUUUUCUCUUUUUUCACUUUAGUGAGAGAACUUUUCACAAAUAAAAAUCAAGGCCAACUACUCUUCUGUCUUUGUUUGGGUUAGUUUUUUUAGUUUUAUUUUAUUUUUCGCUGUGCUGUUCUUGUACACACUUUUUUGAAGUCGCAAAAACAAUGGGAAAGCCAAAGACUACCAAUAGACUAGAGGAUUUUAGACUUGAGGCUAGCAAAGUGGCUUUGUGUGGAUGCUCCUUCUACUGAGGUAGGGGAGUACAUUCUUGAAAGGAAUUAUGGGCUUCAGUUGUGAGCACUGUUCUGCAGGAUGGAUUUGAAAAGUGCUUCAUCACUCCUAUUGGGGGUUAAUUAGUGAGCCUGAUACAGACAGGAGUGUUUUUACCAGGAAUCGUUGGGUCUUGGCUCUGUGUGUGUUGGUUUAUCUAAGUACCUUCUCCAACAAAGAGGCCUUCAAGGUGCAGAUUACAUUUGAAGAGAUACUGGGGAGACAUUGUCAAAACGACAUCAUGAUGGAUAACUAAUUGUCAGAGAAGCUCAUUAAAAACUAUGUUGCAGAUUCCUUUUAUUUUACCAAAGUAGGGAAGCAUUUGUCAAUAGAAGAAACUCUCAUUGUUCUAAGUAGCACAUUAUUUGAUUUCUUUCAAUGUCAUUACCGUACAUUUUUGCUACAUUUCAUACUAAGUCCAUGUCAGUGCCCUACUACUGGUUUCAUACACUUUCCUGAUUAAAUCUAAUGCCUUAGAAUGGGAUUCACAGAUCACAACUAAUUUCAAAGCUGACACCCAGUUUUCACAUAUUGGUUUAGGGGCAGUGCAAGGGGCAAUUAUCCAAACUGCUACAACUGGUUAAUGGUUUACUUAUAUUGGGAAAGGCAAUAGCUUUUACAUAUAUUGUGAUGUAAUUGAUCUCUGACAUUCUUUGCAUGAAAGGAGAUACUGAGUCACAAUCAGCAAAUUUCCAAAUUUGUAAAUGUUUGUAUUGUAAUUAUUAUCUAAUCAUACCUAGACAAUAAUAAAGGACAUAUGUUAUACCAUGCAAUACAUGCAUGCUGUGCCAGACUUGCCAACUAAAGCCCUCCCUCGUAUGUACAUACCGUGCCCAGCUGAGGACCUCCUCAUCAACAACAUUACAAUGAACUAGUUAUCCAAACAGAGACAGAGAAGAAAGGUGUUGUGUGCAGGGAAUGUGUUGGCCCAUCGUCCUCCGCAAUUACUGUGAUUUCCCACUGUACAUCCGAGAUCUUAAGAAUUACAAUGGAAGAACUUUCAUUGAGAUUUCGAAGUAGAAAUAAAUUGUUUUCCUUUUGAAAUCAUUGCCACCUUGUGUAAUCAUGCUCCCCACUGAACACCAACAAUUUUCUAGGAAGUCACUAUUUCUAUUUCCAAUUAACCUUCACACAGAAUGAUAAGUAGUACUGUUUGGUCCAAAAUAUGUAAGUAAUAAAGCAUGGAUGUUUCAAAGGAGUCGGUAAGGAUCGUCACAGAAGCCAAGAACGCCAGUGCUGACAAAUUGGGCCAUUGUUAUGGUGAUGCCUACAUUUAAGUUUCUCAGGACUGACAGGGUUUGAGAAAAUCUUAUAUUUAAAUCUAGGAGUUUUGGUUAGUGAACUGGCACAAAUUAGAAUGACUGACAUUUUUGAAUGCAAUGGGAUGCCGUUGGUUGAAGCGUGAUGAAUUAUAAAGCAAUGGUUGGAAGAUGACUGAUUCUUUCAAGGUCAUGUCGUUUUGUACUGAUCUGGGGCCUCAUUUAUAGCUGUUACGUAAUUUCAGAAAAUUCUGAAGACAACAAUAUUGUGGUAUAUAUAUUUUGCACACAUUAUAAUUAUGUUAUAAAAAUGACCUGUUGUGGAACCGUGUGGAAGUAAAGGAACACCAGUAAAAGGUGAAUGGAGGGUGUUUUUCAUGGCAAAGAAUCACCCUCCAUUCACCUUUUACGGUGACAAUCAUUUCCUUUAUUUGCUGUAUAAUAUGGAUGAAUUCCUAUUUCAGAUUGGCCAUGGACAAAAGACAAAGCAAUACCCAUUUUGAAAACUUCUGUUUGUGUCGUCUGACUUUUUUUUUAAAACAGCCAUGCUGUGUAUAUAGUAAAUCCCUAUCUGUGCAUUGAGCAAGAUUGAUUCUAUAUUCCAAAAAUAAUUUAAAAGUAGGUUCACAUAUGGCUGACGGGACAUUGUGGCGCACUAGACAUUAAAUGUUGUUAGCAGUCUCAUGGGCCUAGCCUUUUCAUACAACUUUUGUCCUGUUGUCUCUUGACAAUGGCAUUUUUGGUCCUGCUGAUUAGAGAUGUGGCUGCACCUUCCUGAAUGACUUUACAGGUGGAACAUUCAUAACACUUGGGGGUUUCAAAGCAUUUCUUCCGAACACCUUGUGCUCACUACCUAUUAUUCAAGUCUCCAAAGAAGAUCUGCUUAGAAAGAUUAGUAUCCGGGAUCUUAGUCACAUGGUCACACAAUCCAAACUAUGCUUUCAUAAACUGUGUGGCAAUGCUAAGCAUUGUCUGCAUGGCUGUGGACUUCAGUGGCUGUCCUGCCACAUCAAGAGCAUCUUCAGACAUUUCAGGUAAAAGGUCAUUGAUCAGAUGCCUGGUCAAAGGAUUAUGACAACUUCACAGAGAGUUACACACACUAUGGAACUUUGGUUUUAGUUGAGAUGGAUGUUGUUCCACAAAGAAUGUUGUUAGUUGUUCAGGCACCCAAACCGCAAGAGGGCUUUGCUUGAAGCUUGGGCUUGCUACAGCUUGCAUUUUUCUUGACUGUUCCCAAUAUAAUUGGGUCCAUGUAAGAAUUACAGUGGGCAGGUUGGUAAUACAUUUACUCUUCCCAAGGCCAAAGUUGAGUUGAGAACUGGUCCAUUAGGGUCUGAAUGUCUGAAUGGGAGACAGCAGUGGGUCUGCAGUUAUCAACAAAGAGAAGGUUCCAAAUAUCUGCCCCAUCAACACAAAGAUGAAAGAAAUGUCUGUGCCUAGAGAUUUGGGGAGGCAUCUUGCAGCGUGGUAGGAAAAAAAUAUAUUUUACAGGCGCUUAAACACAGAACUGCUUCACUAUGUUUGUGACCAUAAAUUGCUUGGUGAAGUCUUGGAUGAACAGAAGCACUAUAUUGAUGCAUGUUUCUGGGCAUCCAAAGGGCCUCGCAGUUGACAAUAUUAACAACCUUUGUCAGAUUAAUAUAGUUAAGUACUGUUCAGUUUUCCACAUGUCAUUUGUCUUAGAAUUAAUGGGCUACAAACACUGUGACAGAUAAUUUUUCUUAAUCCACACUGGAUCUCGGACAGCCAGUGAUGGUCUUGGUGUUCUUUUAGAUGGUUCUGUGGGAUUCUCUUUUCCAGCAAUAGACAAUAAGGGUAUAUCAGUUUACCAGAUAGUACUGGCUUUUUUGUUUCUGCCAAGGUGAUUGGGUUUUCAAGAGACAGGUUUACUUAAUCUUAAGGCUGCCUGUUUAUUGUAUUACUUUUGUUUUCAUAGGCUCUGUACACAUGAUGUUUAAAAUCGAGUGCCUGAAUGCAACAUUUUCACCUUUUCAAGCCUGGCCACGCUUGGGUCUUGAGCAGUGUGAUCCAUAAAAAGCAUUGGUCAGAUGCUUAGGCUUCUGCUGAAUUCCACUGCUGCUUCAGUCUGGUGAAAUGCCACCCUGUGUUUUAGUCCACAGCUACAACUCCUAAAACAUCCACAGCAGCUACUUCAUAAUAUGUCCAUCUCAGCAGGACUUUUGAUGAUGGUGUCCUGACUUUAAUUUUGGAUUUAAGUGAGGCCUAAUUGGCCAGCUUCUCCAAAAGCAUUUCUGUCUAGUGGCAAGAAAAUAUCUAGAAGGCAUUGUUGGAUGCAAUAUAUAUCUAGUCCACCAUCGGUUCCACAAACCUGAAGGGUGAUAGUUGGAGUCAAUUCUCCCUGGCACUAAUUUCAAUUUACCAGGCUACCUGGUUAAAAUAAAAUGAUGUGUAUGUUCCUUUAUUGCAUGGAUACUUUGAAUAUAUGAACCCAUCACAACUAGAAAAUUGUAGGACAAAUUUUACGUCAUGGAAAUAAAAUAAACUAAAUCUUAUGUCUGAUAAUUCUAUUAUUGUAAAAAUAAUAAAUUACUACAAAUGGCUGCAUAUUUCAUAUUUUCUUGUAUUUAUUGUUUAUUUCUAUCUCCUAUUUAGAAAAUACUAAAUUGCCAGAUUGCAAUGUCAUACCAAAAUAUUAGAUGUUUGCAGGAUUUAAUUAAAUUCUGAGUUGACACAAAUAUUGUGGUGUAACAGUUCAUAAAUGAGGCCACAGAUUAUAUGGUAAUUUACAUUCUGGAUUAACAAAAAAUGUACAGGAUGGAUAAUGUUUACAUUUUUAUUUGUUGGUUCUGCAUAGGGCUGCUAGUUUCUAUUUUUGUUCAACACAUUAUACCCAAUACGACCACAAUGAACGUAGAAAGGGUACCCAAGCUGUCAGUUGAAUUUUACAUCAAUUAAUUUCCACACAAACAUCAACUGACCUACCUGCUAUUUAGUUAUUUUAGUGUCAUACAAUAUAGGAUCCAAGUGGUUUAUUUGUAUAAUUACCUUUGAGAUUAAAUCUAAAUCACUUGUUAACCCUGUUAACAAGCCUUGGUAAAUCCCUGAAAAUCAAAGACAUUACAUACGAUUACAAACAAAUGCAUUGAGGAAAUUUCCUGUUGGCUAAAGCUGGCCGUUGCAACCCCCAUUAAAAAAAAAGGUGUCUCAGGAUGAAUGUAUUAAUUCUCUACUGUACUUUGAUCAUCAAAUGGGUAUUUUGUCUCUUGUAUUUCUGUGACCCAAAUCAGUACCACUGCUUACCAACAAUAGUCGGUUAAGUUUCUAAUAGCAGCUUUUUAACAUUCUUUUUAUAUGUAUAUUGUUUCUGACUUUCCAAGUUGAUUUAAGCUUUCAGGGAUCACUUAUAACCUGUCUUGAUUUAAAAAAAAAAUGUAUGGCUUCUAAUAAUUUUCAUAUGUUUCCUUCCUACAUGUAUAUAUGUAUAAGCAAAACAAUUUUGUAAUGUGACUUUGGUGAAGGUGUGCAUAACUAUGUGUACAUUCUCUUUCUUCUGCAAGCUGCUGCUAGAGACUUGACCUUCAUGUGGUUGAAUACUUUUGAAUCGUACCCAAACGUGGAGAUGUGCAAACCGAACAGUUGUGGUGACCAUGGUCCCAUCACACUGACGAUACUAUGUUCAUGUACAGAGCACUGUUCAAUUUCCUGUAUUCUCCUGAUAAACAAAAACCUUGUAUUUCCAACCUUAUAUGUAAAGUACUAAAGAAAAUACAA